UGGAGACGGCGACUCUCUGUGUACUGAUUGGGACAUCCGUGAAAUGAUACGCCUUUCUGCAAUGCUAUUGGUCGAAAUGCAUGUCAAUCUCCUGGCGUCUUUAUCCGUGUUCCUUGACUGGGCAACUUAAAAGCCUUAAUACUUUUACUUUCGCCACACAAAGAGGUUCUUCUUAGUGAAGGGAGAGCAGAUGUAGGGCAUCCUGCCGAGAAUUUCCGGAGCCCAUAUGCGAGAUGAUGCCAGUCAUGAACGUCUCCGCGCUUCCUUUCGCUUUGGAAAUGUCCUGAAGUAGAACUUUUCUGAGCUUUGCCUAAAACUAGAAUCUGUGUCGAGGUUUUUCUAAAUUAAGUAACGCCAGAGACAUACCGUGACGUAUCUGAGUUGAAAGAACCAGGCCUAUUUAAGGAGGUAGAAAAAUCCAAAAAAACUUUGAUUCAAAAUGGGGAUGACAGUGUAUGGCAAGAAUUAUGCAGAUUAAUUUUAGCUUCAUACCUUUCUACUUAUGUAUUUAAAUCUUGAUUUUAAAUUCUUCCUUGAGCAUAGUAAUGUAUAAACUCCUACAUAUUUCAGGUUAGUCUAUUUUCAUUAACUAAAAUGUCUAUGAAGUUCCCCCCUGUAGAAGAAAGAAAAGCCUAGGAUUUUAGCCUAUAUUCUUGAGGCAGGGUGGGUAGGGAUACAAAAACUUAAUUAUAAUGCAAAGCAGAUUUUAUAUAUUUUGAACAUUUUAAGAAUGUUGCUAUGAGAGACUAGAUACAAACUGACAGGAGAGUUCUCGGAAGACUACAGAGGACUGAUACUCGAUUUAGGCCUCAAAGUAUUUGAACAAUCAUGGGACAGAAGAAAAUCCGAGUGAGAGAAAUAAUACAAGAGAGAAGACAGUGGGAGUGAAAGAACUUCGUAAAAAGAGGAAGGCAGUGAAGUAGAAAGAAUCUAGCAAUCAAAUAAGAGGAGGAAUUCUGGAACUGUGAAUAAGAUGAAGAAAGCUAAGUGGUAUUACAAGUGGAUAAAUAAUGUGCACUGCUCUGAGCCCAAAAGUACGCAGUGGACCUGGCCUCUCUGAUAUGCAUCAGUAUAGCCAAUGGCUAGCCAGCAGACAUGAAGCUAAUUUGCUACCAAUGAAAGAAGAUCUGGCCUUGUGGUUAACCAAUCUAUUAGGGAAGGAGAUUACAGCAGAAACUUUUAUGGAGAAGUUGGACAAUGGUGCCUUGCUCUGUCAACUUGCAGAAACUGUGCAGGAGAAAUUCAAGGAGAGCAUGGAUGUUAACAAGCCCACAAAGAAUCUACCAUUGAAGAAGAUCCCAUGCAAAGCCAAUGCACCCUCGGGCUCCUUUUUUGCCCGAGACAAUACAGCAAAUUUCUUAUCCUGGUGCCGAGAUUUAGGGGUGGAUGAAACAUGUCUAUUUGAAUCGGAAGGUUUGGUCCUCCAUAAGCAACCCAGAGAAGUGUGUCUCUGUCUGCUAGAGCUUGGCCGGAUUGCAGCCAGGUAUGGUGUGGAGCCUCCUGGUUUGAUAAAAUUGGAAAAAGAGAUUGAACAAGAAGAAACACUUUCUGCCCCUUCUCCUUCACCUUCUCCUUCAUCAAAGUCUUCUGGAAAAAAGAGUACAGGAAACUUACUGGAUGAUGCAGUGAAACGAAUUUCUGAAGAGCCUCCUUGCAAAUGCCCAAACAAGUUCUGUGUGGAGCGGCUCUCCCAAGGAAGAUACCGAGUGGGAGAGAAGAUCCUUUUCAUUAGGAUGCUGCACAACAAACAUGUCAUGGUCCGUGUGGGAGGAGGCUGGGAAACUUUUGCAGGGUAUUUGUUGAAACACGACCCCUGCCGAAUGCUGCAGAUCUCCCGUGUGGAUGGCAAAACAUCCCCUAUCCAAAGCAAAUCUCCAACUCUAAAGGACAUGAAUCCAGAUAACUACUUGGUGGUCUCUGCCAAUUAUAAGGCUAAGAAGGAAAUUAAGUGAAACAAAUUGGUCACGACAAGGGGACCCUCAUAAUGGCCUGUAUCCGCUUCUCCAGUAUAGUCAGUUUAGUUUUAUGUUCUGAAAACUGUUUUGGAGAAAGAUAGACAGAAAAAUGUCAUCAUAUUGAAAAAUGUUCAAAGAGUAGCACUAUUUAUUUUUAAUGCUUCUGUAGAAUAUGACCUAUUAAAUUCUAAACUCAAAUUUAAAUUAGCCAAAUUUUAGGCAAAUUAUUAUUUCUUAAUAUGCAAACACAGUAUUUAGAACACAAACUAUUAGAAACACAAUUCUAAUUAAAGAUAAACACUAUAAGGAGAGAACAUUUAGGAUUUGCAGAUAAGUCAACAGAAAGUGCCUGCUUUACAUCCAUGAGUAAAAAGCACCCUAGACAUUUUUAUAACUGCAAGAUUUUUAUGCUGUUUUUUUACAUUACAUUUUUGAUUAGUGUGAUAAUGUGCUACAAAAAAAAAAAAAAAAUCCAACAGCACUACAAAUAAGUACAGAGUAUUCACAAUAGUAAUAUGUUACUGGAAAGGCCACUUCAGAAAAGUUUACAUUCACUUGGAAGGCUGCCUUAAAGUAUAUCUCUUAUCUGUGACCAAACAUCUGGGGUACUUUUAGAAGUUUUCAGUACACCCCCUUAGAGAAUAGCUUAUGAGUUAUUUCACACAUUGCUGAGCACAUGGCUGUGUUUAGAAUUAUCUAGUGUAAUUCACACAUGAGCUGACAUACGUUGAUACUUUGAUGAGUAAAUUGUACAGUCAAAAUGUUCAUUGAUUUCAUGUUAUUUCAAAGCAUUUUCUUAUUAAAAAUAUAUCUUUAGUUAAUCCUAUUUUGCUACGCUUUCUAGUAAAGUAAAUUCACUGUAGCUAAUGAUGUUACAGACUUACGUAUACCCUUGUAUACCUGGGACAGGGCUGUUUUAUACCAAUAAACAGCAAAAUAUUGUCCUUACUCAUUCAAGAAUUAAAAGGAUAUAUUUUUAAAAUGUUA